AUGCACCAAGUUGAUUUCCCCGACAUCCUCAUCACGGACCGCAUUGCGCACAUGGCCUCCUCUCCAGAUUUCACUUUGAAGCCGAUAGCUUUGUAG